UUUUUUGAAACAUGGCACAGUUAGACCUGCUAGAGGGCGUAACAAUAUCGAGUCAGGAAGCAAGAUCAAGAAGAAAAAUAAAUCAACAAAUACAGUUGAUGGUAAAAAGAAAUUCGUGAAAAAAAUACAUAAUCCAAGCAAACAGCUUGUAUCAACAUCAAGUCAGAAUUCUGUGAUAAAAUCAUCUAGGAAGAAAUCUUCAUCUGUGAAAAGAAAGAAACAAAAGCCUUAUGGAAAUAAGACAAAAAAUAACAGAAAAUCAGGCAAUUUUGUCAUGCAUAGCAAAGAUUUAAAGCCAAUGUUAGGAAGAAAAAGAAAAAGCUUGAUGAAUGCUUCAGGCCCACAAGAAAAUAAUGAGCCACCUAGUAAGAGGUCAAGAAUUCAAUCAUCUGCUUCUAUAACAACAAGGUCAAUGAGAGCUAAAAAAGUCGGUGUCACCAGAUUUGUUUUUGAUAAGGUUUGUGACUGUGCUGAAAAUAAAUAUUUCAACAUUUUUACAAAUGGUGGCCUGAUUCGUGGAUGUCCUUGUGGUAAAAGAGAUGAACAGUUUAUGAAACUAACUGGCGAGUUUGAUAAAUGUAAAGAAGGUGAAACAAAUAGUGUGAGAAGGUCAAGAGCACAUGGUGAUUAUUUUUCUGUUCUGUCCGUUGAGAUGAUUUGUCACAUCUUUCAGUAUCUGACGCUACGAGAGGUAUUACGCUUCGAAUCUUUAUCAUCAAAGCUUCAGAGGGCUGUUUAUGCUUGUUUAGCAAUUCGAGAAGAAAUUGAUUUUAAUGAAGAAAUCGGCGACAAAGGUCUGUUUAAUAACAAUCUUCCAAAUAUGACCAAUAAAAUGUUCUCGAGUCUGCUCAGAAAGUUACCAAGGUUACGAAAUAUUUAUAAUUUCCAUCCUGCAAAUAUUUCAUCAUUCUCAAGCUCUGGUUCAAAUGUUUUGACAACUCCUAGUGUAUGUGAUGCUUUGACUGAGUGUAAAUUUCUUGAGGGUAUUGAGAUUUCAAACAUGGAUCUUCUUGAAAAUAUCGUCUCUAAAAAUGAUAACCUGAAGAUUAUCGGUAAGUUCGCAAACCGAAACAGGGAGUUUCCAGUGUUGCAUGGUGGAACUACAGUUCUUAAAGAAGACUGUUGGAUAACAAAUUUACACCUAGUGGGAUGCUCAUUAUACUAUAUGCCACAGAUGGACAACCAUCUUGAACAUCUGUACUUAAGAAUGGUAAAGUUUGUUCAUCACCACCCAUUCAAAGACUUCUCUGCCUGUAAGUUGAAAUCGUUUGUGAUGUCACACUGUGUUGGUCCAACCAGUGCCUUGAAAUAUAUCCCACUACUUACAGCAUUAGCCGAUGCUAGAGGGCUUAAAAGACUGGAGCUUCAGAGAGUCCCAUUUCUAGGAGGAGUUAUACAACAUAUAUGUGAGGAUAAUUGGCAGAAUGGAGGAUUCAGGAGACUUACAAAUAUAACACUAGGAGAUUGUAAAAAUGCUCUCGAUGCUGAUCUCGGUUAUCUCAUCAUAGCUUCGGCUGCUCAUAUUGAAUGUUUACGUAUUCAACCAGCACUGACAAAGGAUGCCAUGUUCUCAGCUCUCUCUGUAUCGGAUGUAACAAUCAAUCCAGGAUUUGAGGAACUGUGUCUUGGAUGGAAAGAGUCCAUUACAUUAAAUGAAACGUUGACAGACGCAGAGCUUGGUCUUGCUGAUCUCCCGGAGUCACAUUCACGCAUCACUGAUUCCGGUAUGCAGCUGGUAGGGCAGUGUUUCCUGUCAUUGAAGAAACUAGAGAUCCAUAACUGUCCUAAUUUGAUCAACCCUUUACUGUGGGUCACUCCAGGGCCGCAUUAUUUUCUACAUAUUCAAGAAUUGACUUUGGAAAAUUGUCAUAGUUUACGUGUAGACAAGUUUUGGGCUUUCCUGGCAUUUUUACCUGAACUACGCUACCUAACUCUGAGAGAUAUAUUUAAGGAACAACCUGUUGGCUGCUCUAGAGUUGGACUAAGUGCUGGUACAGGUUUGGGUAUAUCUGCAGCUUUCAUAAACCCUCAACCGUUGGCAAAUAAUCCUGGAGGAUUAAAUAACAAUGAUGAUGAUGACGAUGAUGAUAAUGAUGCUGAUAAUGUUCCUGAAGAUAACCAAGAAAAUGAUGUUUUAAAUAACAAUGAACCUAUGGACCGAGGUCAUGGUCAAAUUCAAGGUCACAACCGAGGUUUAGCCGGUAGAGAGAAUUUAGAUAAUCAAAAUGGUGCUGCUGCUGAACUAGAAAAUGCAAAUGGUGGAUAUAACCUUAGAAACUCAGUGAGAAAUGAUUCUAGUCAUAGUUGUAAAGAACAGACUUCUUCCAGAAAGGCAAGGCAUAGAAGUAGGUCUGCAAGUACAAGGAAAACGUCGGUCACAGAUGAGGAACAUGGUUCUGGAAUUCAGCAGAAAGAUAGCAAUCAAGCAGGCUGUGAUAAAAAUAAGAACUCAGGGCAUGCGUCCAAUUCCAGUAGCUCCGGGGUAGAAGCAGAUGAUAAAACCAGAUUGGUUUCUAAGAGGGGUAAAGCCCUAGUCACCAAGAAAGGGCUUGUUAAUAAAGUGAAAUCUACUAAAGGAAAGGGAAAAAGCACUGAAGAUUUAGGAAACAGUAGUAAAGAUGAACAAGUGAAAAAGGAAUGUACAUGUGUGAGGGAGAAGGUUGAAGUACGUUGCCAGGCAACAAAUGAUGAUAUUAGACAAGCUACCACCCACAAGAAAAGCCGGAAAAAGAGGGCUUCACAAAAACCCCAAGAUAAAGAGAAAAUAAUCAAAGCAAGGAAGUAUAAACCAAGUUCUAUGUAUGAGGCUGCAGGUCAGGUAACAUCAUGUGAGGUUCAUAAGAGAAGAAGAAAAAAAGAGAAACCUGUGACAGCAGAUAAAUGUGACAGUACAAAUGACCCCGUCUGGGAAGACGACCCUGUCAUGGAACUGACAAUUUUACAUAGAAGACUAGAAUACUUGAGAAUUGAUGGUGUUGGAGUGUCAGAACUUAACAUAGUCUGUUAUAAUCUACAAACUUUAUCUGUUUCAAGAUGUCGGGUGUUGAAGAGUAUAAAAUUAAAAGAGGCUCCCUUUCUAGAAAAUGUGCAUGUCUCUCAGUGCAGGAAAUUUGACGAGACAAUGUUCCUUGAUGAAAUAUAUAGACUACCUCCAAAUCGAAGUAAAUUUGUCUCCCUACGCCCCUUACACUUCGUAGAUGAGAGUUUGUAUGACAGCCUGAUGUUUUUCGCAGAUUUUCGAGACUAUAACUUCGGUACGGUCAUGCUGUAUGACUACAGUGAUGAACCAAGUAAAACCAAUUAUAACAAACUACGUAUGAAGUCCUGGAUGAAUGUCCUUGAACGAAUGACAUCUAUGACAAUGAUGGAUCAUGGAUGGCAAAGAUUUCAUGAAAUGGAUCAUCCAAACAAAGGUCUUACUGUAGAAGAAGGUUCAAGUAUUGACGGGAGUGGCUGGAAGAUGUUUUCAGAUAUUCCAUGGAUCAGUGAACUUAACCAGUGUCCUGAUAUGGAGGAACAAAACAUUAGAAACCCAGACUGGAAAAAACCUGGUGUUUACUGUAUGGAAGCAAAGGGUCACUUUAGUUUCUGGGAUGCCUAUGCAGAUGUACAAGGUUUUAUAGCUUACCUAGGUCCUGAUCAGUGUGGAUUGUAUGAAUGUAAUGUUUUAACAUACAUCAACAUGUGUGACAUCAGUGGAGUACCUACACAAGAUGCCCUCAAAGUUUUGUGAUUAUUUGAAAUGUGGCACCAGUUAAAAUAUAUACACAAGAUGCCCUGAAAGUUUUGUGAUUAUUUGAAAUGAGACACCAGGUAAAAUAUAUACACAAGAUGACCUGAAAGUUUUGUGAUUAUUUGAAAUGUGACACCAGUUAAAAUAUAUACACAAGAUGCCCUGAAAGUUUUGUGAUUAUUUGAAAUGAGACACCAGGUAAAAUAUAUACACAAGAUGACCUGAAAGUUUUGUGAUUAUUUGAAAUGAGGCACCAGUUAAAAUAUAUAGUAACACAAGAUGCCCUCAAAGUUUUGUGAACAUUUGAAUUGUGACACCAGUUAAAAUAUAUAGUAACACAAGAUGCCCUCAAAGUUUUGUGAACAUUUGAAUUGUGACACCAGUUAAAAUAUAUAGUAAUAACAAAAUGCCCUCAA